UCACGGCUCAUGUGUCCCCUUCCUCCUCCUGCACCACUUGCUCCUGCACACUUACCACCAGCGCCAUGCAGCACCCUCGCUUCCUUCUCUGCCUUCUCCUCGUUGUCCCUGGGACGUGGGCAGAUCCAGAGGGCUCUUGUAAGCUCCACAUUUUCCAUACCUUUGACUUCCGCAACACCACCUUUGUGGACAUUUCAAUCUGGGCCACCCUGGAGGACAUCAUCUUUGUCACCCAGGAGAAAGGCACCUCGAACAUCCGGUACCUCUAUCCAUGGGUCUACCCGGCCCUGCCUGCAGCAGAGUGGGAGAACCUGCGAAAUCUGUUCAAUAUCUACCUGCACAACCUCGCCCUGUCCCUGUCUGGUGAUGCCAGGCAGCUCCAAACACCUUACCCCUUUGUUUUCCAGUGUGUAACUGGCUGCAACUUGUACCCCAAUGGCUCCUACUCCUCAUUCUACCAUCUUGCCUACAAAGCCCACAAUUUCCUUAGCUUCAAUGUGGACAAGGCUUGCUGGGAGAGGCAGCAAGAAAGUGAGCUGGCCGCACAAGUUGAGAGGCAGUUCAGCACCUUCGUUGGGUUCUCUGAGACCCUACAGCACCUUCUCAAUGUCACCUGCAUCGACCACAUGAAGAAAUUCAUUGAGCAUGGGAAGGAAACACUGGAGAGACAAGUGCUGCCUGUGGCCACGGUCUUUGCUCGCACACCCAGCCCAGCCCAGCUCCUGCUGGUUUGCCGUGUCACCGGCUUCUACCCACGGCCCAUCAGCGUGGCCUGGCUGCGGGAUGGCCAGGAGGUGCCACCAGGCCCAGAGCUCAACACCAGUGCCAUCCUGCCUAAUGCCGACCUCACCUACCAGCUCCGCAGCAUCCUGGCCGUGGCACCGCAGGAUGGGCACAGCUACACCUGCCGCGUGCACCACCGCAGCCUGGGCAGCCGCAGCCUCCUCAUCCCAUGGGACAGGUCCAAGGCAGCUCUCAGUGUGAGCAUCACCUUCACAGUACUACUGGCCAUGGCUGCAUUCCUCGCUGGGGCUGUCUGGCUCUACAGGCGCAGGUGACAUCACCUCUUUGCCCAGCUGCCCAAGCCCUGUCGUCUCCAGUCCACGGUGGGUGGCAGCUGCCUGGCCGGGGCUGCCCUUGUGCAGCCCCACUUACCUGCUCCUCUCCUGCAGGAGCCAAAAGCACGGGACAUACCACAUCAGGGAUACCCCACUGCCACAUCAGCCCCCACAUCUCCCAGAUGAUAAAUUGCUCUCACACAUGUGAGAGCUCCUGGUGUGCCGUGCCCUGUGCCCACAAGCACAAAGGCAUCAUGCAGCUCCUGCCCACUCCAGGACAGAUGGACAGAGCCCGGGUGCAGGGUGUGCCCACACUCCUCAUCCCAGGGUGAGAGGUUGGACAGGUGAGGGGGAGUGGUGCUUUCUCCUGCCCUCCCCUGCCAUUGAACCUGGCGCCACAGAUGAGGCCCUUAGCCUAUAUCCUAAGUUUAAGACAGACAAAACAUUAAAGUUUGUCUCUGCACCAGGCUCCCCACAAAACAGCAGGACUCAGCCAGUGUCAAUGCAGGCAAGGGCAGGGAUGUGGCAGGGCAGGACCAUUUUCUCCCUACCAGCAUCUGAGGGCACAUCAGCACCUCUGCACCAGAUCUCAGUCCCUGGGACCAGGGGACGGUGACAGACAGAUGUGAGGCCGCCACACAGAUUAGGGGCACGGGGAGCCCCAGCAGGCAGACAGCUGUGGGAACAGGAUGUGUCUCCCCUGUGGGAAAUACAGCCACAAUGGGGCAAACCCACCUGGUUCAGUGCUGGGGCAGCAGCACAGAGGGGACAGAGAUGUCUGUGCCACGCAGGGCUGGGCACUCUGGGCACGAGUUCUAUUGAGGGACGUUACUGUCAGGGACAGUGGUUGCAGCCCAGGGCCAGGCAGGACCCCCACCUUCACCAGGGGGAGAAAAUGGCUUGGGGCAUCCACUCCAUCCCAGGUGUCAGGGUGCUGUCCUGGCCAUGGGGGCUGCAGCCGGGGAGAUGAUCUUGCUCUCCCAGGCAGGGCACCACAUCCAGCCUUCCCAUCCUCCUGUGGGAGGACCUUAACUACCAACCUAGGCACUCACCCUUGUACCCCUCCUGAUUCCUCUUCCCUCAUCCCUGUCCCUUUCCCCCAGCUGCAGUGUCCUUUCACAUGCUUUUCUUCCUGCCUUACCUGAAUCACAAUCCUGGCAAAACCAAAAUCCCCUUACACAAGCUAAAGAGGCAAAACCUCCUGCAGAAGACAGCUGCUUUCCAGGACUGCAUCCAAACAUUGUGACCAGCAGGGCGAGGGAGGGAAUUCUGCCCAUCUGCUCCGCUCUGGGGAGACUUCACCUGGAGCCCUAAGUUCAGUUCUGGAGUCCUGAACACAGGAAGGAAAUGGAGCUGUUGGAGCGAGUUCAGAGGAGACCAUGGAGGUGAUCCAAGGGCUGGAGCACUCCCCAUCUGGCUGAGAGAGAGAGAGCUUAGAGGAGCUCCUAUAGGACCCCAUAGGCAAGGGGCUUCUCCUCACCUGCCAGCCCUGGUGCUCCCACCCCUCCUGAUUCCUCUUAGAAUCAUAGAAUGGUUUGGGUUGGAAGGAAACUUUACAGGUCAUCCAGUCCAAUGCCCCUGCAGUGAGCACUGACACCUCCCACUGGAUCAGGGUGCUCAGAGCAUUGUUCAAUCCAACCUUGAAAAUCUCCAAGGAUGAGGCAGCCAUGACUUCUCUGGGCAACCUGUGCCAGUGUCUCACCACCCUCACAGGAAAACAUUUCCUUCCAAGAUCUAGUCUAAACCUCUCCUGUUUUAGUUUAAAAUCAUCACUCCUUGUCUUACUUGCUUAUUGCAAAAGUUUUUCCCCCACCUUUCUUAUAAGCCCACUUUACGUACUGAAAGGCUGUUUAAGGUCUCCCUGAAGCCUUCUCUUCUCUAGAAUGAAUAACCCCAUCUCUCUCAGCCUGUCCUCGGAUGGAAGGUUCUCCAGCCCUCGGAUCAUCUCCGUGGCCUCCUCUGGACUCGCAUCAACUCGCAUCAACAGGUUCUCCAGCCCUCGGAUCAUCUCCGUGGCCUCCUCUGGACUCGCAUCAAAAUAUCCUUCCUGUGUUCAGGACUCCAGAAUUGAACAGGGCUCCAGGUGGGGUCUCACCUGCUGGUCCCACUGCUCUGGAUGCAGCGCAGGACACAGCUGUUUUCUGGGCUGCAAGCACCCAUUGCCAGUUCAUGUUGAGUUUCUCAUCCGACAGCAACACAACUCCUUCUCAGCACUGGUCCUAAUCCAUUCUCUGCCCAGCCUUUAAUUGUGCUUGGGAUUGCCCCGAUCCAGGUGCAGGACCUUCUUACUCAUGGUCUUGUUGAACUGCACGAUGUUCUCACAACCCCACCUCCCCAGUCUGUCCAGGUCCCUUUGCAUUCAUCCCUUCCCUCAGCGAUGUCAACCACACCACACAGCUUGGCGUCAUCUGCAAAUGUGCUCAGGGUGCUCUCAAUCCCACCAUCUGUCAUUGAUGAUGACCUUAAACAGCACUGGUGCCACAACCAAUUCCUGAAGGCCUACGCUCCGCACUUACGUCCAUCCUCUAGGACGAGAAGGGUUGCAGAGAGGAUCCGGGGAACUACAGGCCUGUCAGUCUCACCUCAGUGCCAGGGAAAGUCAUGGAACAGGUAAUCUUGAGUGCUAUCAUGAAGCACAUGCAAGAGAACCGGGUGAUCAGGCCCAGUCAACAUGGGUUUACAAAAGGCAGAUCUUGCCAAACUAACCUGAUCACCUUCUAUGACAAAAUGACUCGACUACUGGAUGGGGGAAAGGCUGUGGAUGGAGUCUUCUUGGACUUCAGUAAAGCCUUUGACACAGUUUCUCACAGCAUUCUGCUUCAGAAACUGUCAGCCUCUGGCCUGGACAGGCGCACACUCUCCUGGGUUGAAAACUGGUUGGAUGGCCCAGAGAGUGGUGGUCAAUGGAGUUAACUCCAGCUGGAGGCCAGUCACAAGUGGAGUUCCUCAGGGCUCAGUACUGGGUCCAGCUCUGUUCAAUGUCUUUAUCAAUGACCUGGAUGAAGGCAUUGAGUGCACCCUCAGCAAGUUUGCAGAUGACACUAAGCUGGGAGGAAGU